AAAGGGCGUCAAAGGUGAAGCAAAUUUUCUCUGCGCUUUGUGAGGAGACUUGAGAGUUGAGACUUGAGAGAGAGAGAGAGAGAGUUGAGGGACGAUCUUAGACUCCCCCUCUUAAGCUUUUGCUCUCUUAUUACUCCCUCUUCUCUCUCCCGAAGCUUGUUUAGUUUGUUACUGAGGUGAUUUAAUCAUGUUUGGGCGUGCUCCAAGGAAGAGUGAUAGCACUAAAUAUUAUGAGGUUCUUGGUGUAUCAAAAAGUGCAAGUCAAGACGAAUUGAAGAAGGCAUAUAGAAAAGCUGCUAUAAAGAACCAUCCUGACAAGGGUGGAGAUCCUGAGAAGUUCAAGGAGCUGGCUCAAGCGUAUGAGGUACUUAGCGAUCCUGAGAAAAGAGAGAUUUAUGAUCAAUAUGGUGAAGAUGCUCUUAAAGAAGGAAUGGGAGGAGCUGGGCCUUCGCAUAAUCCAUUUGAUAUAUUUGAAUCUUUUUUUGGUGGAGGAGCCUUUGGUGGCGGUGGUAGCUCAAGAGUAAGAAGGCAAAAGCAUGGUGAAGAUGUUGUGCAUACUCUGAAAUGUUCUCUGGAGGAAUUGUACAAUGGAGCAACUAAGAAACUUUCUCUUUCAAGGAAUAUUCUGUGCCCUAAAUGUAAAGGGAAAGGUUCAAAAAGUGGGGCCUCUGGGAAAUGCUAUGGAUGCCAAGGUACUGGAAUGAAAAUAACAACACGACAGAUUGGAUUGGGCAUGAUUCAACAGAUGCAACAUGUCUGUCCAGAGUGCAGAGGCUCAGGUGAGGUCAUCAGUGAAAGAGAUAAAUGCCAGCAAUGCAAAGGAAGUAAGGUUUCUCAGGAAAAGAAGGUGCUGGAAGUGAAUGUGGAGAAAGGAAUGCAACAUGGCCAAAAAAUUGUGUUUGAGGGGCAAGCUGAUGAAGCUCCUGAUACAAUUACAGGGGACAUAGUGUUUGUAGUGCAACAAAAGGAGCAUCCCAAGUUUAAGCGGAAGUUCGAUGAUCUGUAUGUAGAACACACCCUUAGUCUCACUGAGGCUCUCUGCGGGUUUCAGUUUGCUUUGAUCCAUCUGGAUGGCAGGCAGCUACUUAUCAAAUCAAAUCCUGGCGAGAUCAUUAAGCCUGGUCAAUACAAAGCAAUUAACGAUGAGGGAAUGCCCCACCACCAAAGGCCCUUCAUGAAGGGUAGACUCUACAUCCAUUUCAAUGUGGAAUUUCCAGAGUCGGGGAUUCUUUCCCCAGAUCAGUGCCGGACUUUGGAGACUAUACUACCCCCAAGAGCAAGCAAGCAAUUGUCAGAUAUGGAGGAGGAUGAUUGUGAAGAGACCACCCUGCACGAUGUCAACAUUGACGAUGAGAUGAGACGGAAACAGCAUCAGCAUCAACAGGAGGCAUAUGAUGAAGAUGAUGAGACAUCGAUGCCACGAGUUCAAUGUGCGCAGCAGUAGGGCAAGAUAUAUUGUAUUCCCCGGUUGCUGAUGUGGCAGAGGCUGUCAUGUUGUCUUUGUCUGCGCUCUAUUAAGUUGCCUUGGUGAAGUUGGUGUCUAGUAUUUAUGUUAUGUUUCUGCCCCGGCAUUUUUGUGUUUUGAUUCUUAAAACAGGUUAUUGACAUAGCACAUUCUACAGUAGGUGAUAUAGGUGUUAUUUUUGAUAAUACAUAUAAAUUCAGAUGCUGUGUUACCUAUAAUA